AUGAAGUUUGUUCCGACUCUCCUCUUUCCUCUCUCCUCUCGUGUUCUUGCUCUUCAGGGCGUUCUUCAACGAUCGGAUCCUCAGUUUAUUCACCUUACCUUCCAUGGCGGUUUGGCUUCUUACUCUAUUGCUUUCCCUGUUGAUGGCAGUACUCGCAAGACUGAUCAUGAUCUCAGUGUCGAUGUCAUCCACAAUUCAGACUACAAUGCUCUUGAACAAUGCUUCUUCGCCAUCGAGGACCAAGCGAAGUUGACCUCCAAAGUCAGCACGAAGGAUGGCUCCCAGCACAUCCUCGAUAACUCCCCUCGAGUGAUCAUCGCUGUCGACUGCACCGGCAGUUGUGUUCCUAUGUACGGCGAGUGCUAUGAUACACGCGGGCAGCCUGUAGGACCUUGCUGCAACGGUAUGUGCAAGGCCAAUCGCUGUCGACCGUGGAACUCGACUUUGUCCUAG